AUGGAAAUGGCAAUAUUACUUGGGGUUCUUUUGAUAUUUACCAAUUUGCUCAUCGAAAUUCAAAUGGAAGAGAUAACAACAAUUAAAGCAUCCCGCAAAAGUGAAAAUGAUAUAAUUUUCGAUCUACAUGAGAAACUAAAUGAACUGCAACUGAGGUUCAUAAAUAAUUAUCAGAUGUUGGAAGAAUCUCAACUGAAUUUGACAUUAUGUUUAAAUGGCAAUCCCCAAAUAAAUGGAAUUCUAGAGAAAAUACAGAAAUUGGAGGCGAAAGUAAAAGAAAUACGAAAACAGGAUCAAAAGCCCACAGAUGACAUUGUCGUUCAAAGGAGGAAGGAUGGUUCUGAGGAUUUCUUUCGCCCUUGGGCUGAUUAUAAACACGGAUUUGGUAAUAGUUCUGGAGAAUUUUUCAUUGGUCUCGAUAAGCUGAAUAAACUUACCAAUAGUCGUCCCUAUGAAUUGCUUAUCCGCAUCGAAGAUUGGGAUGAUGAUUGCCGUUUUGCACGUUAUGAUCAAUUUAUAAUUGGCACAGAAACUGAGAAAUAUAUCCUCAAAGAAUUGGGUAAAUAUAGUGGUUCCGCAGGAGAUGCCCUAAGCUAUUCAUUGGGUCAAAAAUUUACUACGAAAGAUCAAGAUAAUGACCACUGUUCAAAGAAUUGUGCUGUUGAAUUUACCGGAGCAUGGUGGUAUAAGAGUGCUCAUAGAGGUUUAGAAGAAACGCAACAAAAUCUUACACAAUGUUUAAAUGAAAAUCCCCAAAUCAAUGGAAUUUUAGAGAAAAUAAAUAAUCUGGAGAUGAGUGUAAAAGAAUUAAGAGAAAAUAUUAAAAAACCUGGUGACAUUGUCAUACAAAGGCGAAUUGAUGGUUCGGUGGAUUUCUUUCGUCCCUGGGCUGAUUAUAAAGAAGGAUUUGGUAACAGUUCUGGAGAAUUUUUCAUUGGCAUGGAUAAAUUGAAUAAACUUACCAAUACCCGCCCAUAUGAGCUGCUCAUUGUCAUGGAAGAUUGGGAGAAUGAUCGACGUUAUGCGAGAUAUGAUCAAUUUAUAAUUGGUACAGAAACAGAGAAAUAUAUCCUCAAGGAAUUGGGUAAAUAUACUGGCUCAGCUGGUGAUUCUUUGUCAUAUUCGUUGGGUCAGAAGUUCAGCACAAAAGAUCAAGAUAAUGACGUGUGGAAUAAAAAUUGUGCUGUUGAAUUUACGGGAGCUUGGUGGUAUAAGGAUUGUCAUAGAAGUAAUUUAAAUGGUAGCUAUUUGAAUGGCACAACAACAGAAUAUGCAAAAGGCGUGGACUGGGAAUACUUUAGAGGUCAUUAUUAUUCUUUAAAAUUUGUCGAAAUGAUCUUACGGCCCACUUAA